UUAUUUGAUGGUCAGGUCGGUGGAACGACGGAACUUUGGACGGUUGGAGAUUUUGAACUUUACCAUCCAACGGCUUUCGUUUUUUUAUAUAAAUAAAAAUACGACGGAAUAAAAAGUAGGUAUGGCUCGUUCCGAGCAAACGUAAAGAAGGAAGCUUCGAACGUCGGUUAGCCUGAUCUUUUGGCGUGUAUCUAUAUCUCGUUCUUAAUUUUUUGCCGUUUCUGAUCUUCCGAGUCGUCUCGAGAUUUUGGAAAUUGAGGUGAGAGGUUGAUCAUUUGCAUAGGGAACUGCCUUUUUUUUUUUCGUUCUCUUGUUUAAGUCGCAGGAAUUAAAAUAUGGGGGAUAACCUGAUGGAUAAAGUUAGCGCCUUUGGAGAGCGAUUGAAGAUCGGUGGUACGGAGGUUGGGAAAAAAAUGACAGCGGGGAUGAGCUCCAUGAGCUUCAGGGUGAAGGAGCUUUUCCAGGGCCAAAACCCGACAGAUAAGAUUGUCGAGGAGGCUACGAUGGAGACUAUGGAGAUGCCAGAUUUGGCUACUAAUUUAGAAAUCUGCGAUUUGGUGAACAGUGGGAAGAUCGGCAGUCAAGAUAUUGUCCGGUCGAUCAAGAAGAGGAUUAUGUUGAAGAAUCCUAGAGUCCAGUAUUUGGCUCUUGUUCUGCUUGAGAUGUUUGUAAAAAACUGUGAAAAGGCAUUCUCUGAGGUGGCUUCAGAGAGGAUUCUUGAUGAGAUGGUUAAGUUGAUUGAUGACCCGCAAACAAUCGUAAACAAUCGGAACAAAUCUUUGGUUUUGAUUGAACAGUGGGGUGAAUCUGCUGAUGAGCUACGUUACUUGCCUGUCUAUGAAGAGACGUACAAGAGCCUGAAAUCGAGAGGAGUUCGUUUCCCUGGACGUGAUAAUGAGAGUUUGGCACCAAUAUUCACCCCGCCAAGAUCAGCUGAGCAAAGUGCAUAUUCUCUUGGGGAUCAUCUGUCAGAUCAUACGCAGCAGCAGUUUCAUGAUAGUCUCCCUAUUCAGAGCCUCUCGGCAGAGCAAACGAAGGAGACGUUUGAUGUUGCUCGUAACAGCAUUGAACUUCUUUCUACUGUUUUAUCAUCUUCCCCAAAACAAGAUGCUCUUAAGGAUGACUUGACGAUCACUCUCGUGGAGCAGUGUCGUAGAUCUCAAGCCACUGUUCAGAGAAUUGUUGAGACAGCUGGAGACAAUGAAGCCUUGCUGUUUGAGGCCUUGAAUGUGAACGAUGAAAUUCAAAAGGUACUGACCAAGUAUGAAGAGAUGGGGAAGCCUUCUGCUCGUCCAUCCAACCCUGAACCUGCCGUGAUACCCGUUGCUGUUGAGCCUGAAGAUUCUCCUCGAUCUGCAAAAGAGGAGUCUCUGAUAAGAAAGCGAGCUGGUUCACGAACACAGAGCACUGAAGAUGAUCUAAUGGAUGAUUUGGAUGAGAUGAUAUUUGGCAAGAAAGGAGGCAGUUCAGAGAGCCCGGAUCAGAAAACGCAGCAGAAACGAGAUGAUCUCAUCACCUUCUAGUGGUGUUUAUGAUGAAGCUCUGUCCCCCUCUCUCUGUGCAUGCACACGUAUAUAUACACACACAAACACUUGCACAUAAGGAUUUGAAUUUGUUGAUUUAAGGAUGUUACUGUUGUUUGAAACGGAAAACAUGUAAUCGGCACAUGAGGCUCUUUUGUAGUGACAUAUUGUUGAUUCAUUUAUAAGAAAUUCGUGCUUUUAUUGUUUUUUGAAA